ACCAGAACGACUCUCUCUCUCUCUCUCUUUACCUAAUAAAAUUUUCUUUCAACCUCUUCCAUCAGGCAGGAGUACUCUUUGUACGCCGAAUUGGACCGUUGGCUGCAAUUUGACCAUUUGUACGGACGCAUCCCGAUCGUCGCCGGAGCUCCGAAUCAACCGUGCAAGCGGGUUAUCUUAGAGUAAUGGGAAAAAGGAGGUGGUUGCUAUUGGCAAUCUUUACAUGUCUACUUGCGCUUUCUAGUGGGAGAGAACUUGCGGUUAAGGACAAGGUGGAUCAUGGGUCUGUUUACAAUCAUACCCUGGCCACCAUAUUGGUGGAGUAUGCUUCUGCUGUGUACAUAUCAGAUUUGACAGAGUUGUUUGCUUGGACGUGUCCAAGAUGUGAUGGUUUGACUAAGGGAUUUGAAAUUAUAGAGUUGGUUGUUGACAUCCAGCACUGCUUACAGGGCUUUGUUGGAGUGGCAAAAGAUAUUAAUGCUAUCGUGAUUGCAUUUAGAGGAACCCAGGAACACAGCAUAAUGAAUUGGAUUGAAGACUUGUACUGGAAACAGCUCGACUUAAAUUACCCUGGCAUGGAUGAUGCAAUGGUGCACCAUGGAUUUUAUUAUGCUUACCACAACACAACUAUACGCCCUGCAGUUUUAAAUGCUGUUAGAAGGGCAAAGAAGUUCUAUGGGGACAUUCCCAUAAUGGUAACAGGGCAUUCAAUGGGAGGGGCGAUGGCCUCCUUUUGUGGACUUGAUCUAAAGGUUAAUCAUGAAGCCCGGGAUGUUCAGGUUAUGACAUUUGGACAACCUCGUAUUGGCAAUGCAGCUUUUGCAACUUACUAUAGAAAACUUGUGCCACAUACAGUUCGAGUCACAAAUGAGCAUGAUAUUGUGCCUCAUUUGCCUCCAUAUUAUUCUCAUUUCCCUCAAAAGACGUACCACCACUUCCCAAGAGAGGUGUGGCUUUACAACGUUGGAUUGGGAAGUCUUGUUUAUAACAUUGAGAAGGUCUGUGAUAGUACCGGGGAAGACCCAACCUGUAGCAGGUCAGUGACCGGGAACAGCAUUUCAGACCAUUUAGUGUAUUAUGGUGUUGAAUUAAUGUGUAAAGCACCAGGAACGUGCAGAAUUGUGAUGAAUUCCCUAGUGACAGAGUAUGGCACAGUCGAUCUCGAAGGAAACUUUAUCUUAUCCAGGGAUCCUGCAACUCCAGUUAUCAAAUUGAAUACAGAGUCAGAUAUUGGGGAGAGACCAGUUCACAAUUGAUUUGGUCAUCCUGCACUAUACUUGGGAGAGGGUCAGAAUGCUGGGGUAGCUUGAUUGAAUCGAAACUUAAAUAUUAAGCCCAUUUGAAGGUGGUUCUGUACUGGACUGGAUGCAAUUAAAGCACCGAUGCCUGAAGUUUGUUUCUUUACAGACCGAGAAAUUGGAAGAUGAAGAAAUUUCUUGAUGGGGGUGGUCUAACUUUCUUAUCCCAAAAAUUGCAAUUAUUGAAGGUGAGAAAUUUUGUGGUGCAAUAAAGGCUGAAGAGUUUGGGUACAUUAUCGGGUUGGAUUUCUUUGGCUACAGCCUGUGACAAAGGAGAUCGAGAGGCAGGGGAAGAGAUAAGGGGAGAAAGAAACCUGAGAGUACCUAUGCUUUUGGGGUGUUGUUAUCUAACUUAUCUCCUAGAUGUGGUAUCUUUUUUUUUAGGCAUUACUCAAAUGCUGAAAUAUGCAUUCGGAGUUGGUUGUUAAAUAUUGUCAAAAGAAAGUAGGCAAGCCACUCUGUUGUCUCACAUUUCUGCACUUUGUGAUUUGUGAAUAUACGGUUUGAUCUCUACCACCAUCUACUCAUAUAAACAAAAUUUGCAUUUCAUUUUCA